UGACAGCGAUUGUAUAUAAAGCUCCCAGAGCGCGCGCUGCUUGGAGAGACACAGGUAGGAGACGGGGGGAACGCAGUGUGCGCUCGCUGCCUAGGAAGCAUUUUAACCCCGCUCUUCCUUUACCAGCCCCGAAGCUGUUAUCGCUUCAGUUGGGUGCAGCCAUACCAGCGUGCCCAACCGCAGGGCAGUGCUCCUUUCUGAGAGCCCUUCUGUGCACAGCCCCUGGCGCCAUGCUCUUGUUAGGCAUCCUUGCCUUAGUUCUCGCUGGGGGCCCCGCUUGCGGUUCGGACCCUGAACAGGAGAUUGUGGUUCCCAUCCGGCUGGACCCAGACAUUAACGGGCGCCACUAUUACCGGAGGGGUCCCGAGGACUCAGGGGACCAGAGACUCAUUUUUCAGAUCACUGCCUUCCAGGAGGACUUCUACUUACACCUGGCUCCUGAUGCCCAGUUUCUAGCGCCUGCGUUUGCCACUCAGCAUUUGGGUGUCUUCCAGGCCCGGGGAUCGGGGGGCUCUCCUGACCUCCGCCGCUGCUUCUACUCAGGAGAUGUGAAUGCCGAGCGGGACUCAUUUGCAGCUCUGAGCCUAUGCGGAGGUCUUCGAGGUGCCUUUGGCUAUCGGGGCGCAGAGUAUGUCAUUAGUCCCCUGCCCAACGUCAGCGCGCCUGAAGCGCAGCGCAACAGCCAAGGUGCACACCUUCUCCAGCGUAGGGGCGCCCCUGGCCGGCCACCUGGGGAUCCGACCUCCCGCUGCGGAGUGGCCUCGGGCUGGAAUCCAGCCAUCCUACGUGCCCUGGACCCCUAUAAAUCCCUUCGGGCAGGCUCGGGUGAGAGCCGGUCACCUCGACGAGCUGGGCGAGCCAAACGGUUUGUGUCCAUCCCGCGCUACGUAGAAACACUAGUGGUGGCCGAUGAGUCUAUGGUGAAGUUCCAUGGUGCGGACCUAGAACAUUACCUACUGACACUGCUGGCCACUGCCGCGAGGCUCUACCGCCAUCCCAGCAUCCUCAAUCCCAUCAACAUCGCAGUGGUCAAGGUGCUGGUCCUCGCGGACAGAGACAAGGGACCCAAGGUCACAGGCAACGCAGCGAUGACCUUGCGCAACUUUUGCGCCUGGCAGAAGAAACUUAAUAAAGUAAGCGACAAGCACCCUGAAUACUGGGACACUGCCAUCCUUUUCACUAGGCAGGAUCUAUGUGGUGCCACUACCUGUGAUACUCUGGGAAUGGCUGAUGUGGGCACCAUGUGUGACCCCAAGAGAAGCUGCUCAGUCAUCGAGGAUGAUGGGCUUCCAUCUGCUUUCACCACCGCCCAUGAGCUGGGUCAUGUGUUCAACAUGCCCCAUGACAAUGUGAAGGUAUGUGAGGAGGUGUUUGGGAAGCUACGGGCCAACCACAUGAUGUCCCCUACCCUUAUCCAGAUUGACCGUGCCAAUCCCUGGUCAGCCUGCAGUGCUGCCAUCAUCACUGACUUCCUGGACAGUGGACAUGGUGAUUGUCUCUUGGAUCAACCCAGCAAACCCAUCUCACUGCCUGAAGAUCUACCAGGAUCCAGCUACACUCUGAACCAGCAGUGCGAGCUAGCCUUCGGUGUGGGCUCUAAGCCCUGCCCCUACAUGCAGUACUGUACCAAGCUGUGGUGCACGGGCAAAGCAAAGGGCCAGAUGGUGUGCCAGACCCGCCACUUUCCCUGGGCAGAUGGCACUGGCUGUGGAGAAGGCAAGUUUUGCCUGAAGGGUGCUUGUGUGGAGAGGCAUAACAUCAGUAAAUACAGGGUGGAUGGUUCCUGGGCCAAAUGGGAACCUUAUGGCCCUUGCUCUCGGACCUGUGGUGGAGGUGUGCAAUUGGCACGACGGGAAUGUAGCAACCCUGCACCUGCCAAUGGGGGCAAAUACUGUGAGGGAGUGAGAGUCAAGUAUCGAUCCUGCAACCUGGAGGCAUGCCCCAGCUCAGUCUCUGGCAAGAGCUUCCGGGAGGAACAGUGUGAGGCUUUCAAUGGCUACAACCACAGCACCAAUCGGCUCACCCUGACCAUGGCCUGGGUGCCCAAGUACUCGGGCGUCUCACCCCGGGAUAAAUGCAAGCUCAUCUGUCGAGCCAGUGGCACUGGCUACUUCUACGUGCUUGCGCCCAAGGUAGUGGAUGGUACCCCAUGCACUCCGGAUUCCACCUCAGUUUGUGUCCAGGGCAAAUGCAUCAAGGCAGGCUGUGAUGGAAACCUGGGCUCCAAGAAGAAGUUUGACAAAUGUGGAGUCUGUGGGGGAGACAACAAGAGCUGCAAGAGAGUCACCGGACUCUUCACCAAACCCAUGCACGGCUAUAACUUUGUGGUGGCUAUUCCAGCAGGAGCCUCGAGCAUUGACAUCCGCCAGCGGGGCUACCAAGGCUUGAUCAGUGACGACAACUACUUGGCCCUGAAGAAUGGGCAAGGCAAGUACCUGCUCAAUGGGCACUUUGUGGUGUCCGCUGUGGAGCGGGACCUGAUGGUGAAAGGAAGCCUGGUCCGUUACAGUGGGACCAGCACUGCGGUGGAGAGGUUGCAGGCGUCAAGGCCCAUCCUGGAGCCUUUGACUGUGGAGGUACUCUCUGUUGGCAAGAUGACCCCACCUCGCAUACGCUACUCCUUCUACCUACCCAAGGAGCCCCGGGAGGACAAGUCUGCCUAUCGCAAGGACAGCCGGGGAUCUUCUGUGCUCAACAACAGUGUCCUCAGCCUUUCUAACCAGGUGGAACAGUCAGAUAACAGGCCUCCAGCUCGAUGGGUGGUGGGCAGCUGGGGGAGCUGCUCGGUAAGCUGCGGGAGUGGGCUGCAAAAACGUGUGGUGGACUGCCGGGGCUCCCCAGGGCAGCUUGCGGCUUCUGCCUGUGACACGGUCCAGCGGCCAACAGAGACAAGGCCCUGCGGAGACCCCUGCCCGGCGUGGGAGACAGGUGCCUGGUCUCCCUGCUCCAAGAGCUGUGGCCGGGGCUUCAAGAGACGACCACUGAAGUGUGUCGGCCAUGGGGGACGGCUGCUGACCAGGGACCAAUGCAACCUUCGUCGGAAACCCCAGGAGUUAGAUUUCUGCACCCUGAGACCAUGUUGAACCAGGCUCUUUCUGCCACCCCCUCACUCUCCCCACCCUCACAUUAGGGCCAUCAGCAUUCUGGCCAGCUGGCACAGUGGGCACUGGCCAGGGGGUCACCUCAGGACCCAGCUCACAUCCAGGAGCUAAGGACUAUUGAACAGGGGUGAGAGGUUCUCCUCACCCUUCCUCACUUGAGCAGAGUGGUACUAACCUUACAGUCUACCUCGUGCCAGGCUCCUCCAAUGCCCAGGUGCCAGGGUGGGGGGGAUAGGAGGGAGAACCUGAGAGAAGAGCAUGCUGGGCAUGAAAGGAUUGGAGCCCAGUUUAAAAAGAGACCUGGAGAAUGGGCAGCUCCAGGGCAGAACUUCAGGUACUGUGGCACUCCUUCAAAGGAGGCCUCAGGCUGCUGGAAGAGCCGAGGCUGGCAGCCUGGCACCCUCAGGGGGCCCUGAGGGCUCUUGCACCAUCUCUGAACAAUGCAGGUUUUCACGGUGCUUGCAACCCACUUUUCUUUUCUGACUGGUAAUGGGAAAAAAACAAAAACAAAAAAACAGAAACCAAACCACACAAACUCACAACUUUGCAGGAUAUGGGGAUGCUAAGGGAAAGGGGGAAAUAAUUAGAUACCAUAAUGGUGAGGUCUUUUUUCAUCAGUAGGAGGUAGGUUGGGGAUGAAGAAGGAGUCUUGGGGGAAUCUCUCAACUUUAUUUUCUCCUUAGUGGUCCCCCAAAACAUUCCCCUCCCCUCCAAAUCCUCCAGGUUUAUAGAAUAUUGUAUUCGUUUGGGGCAGGGGAGAUGGAGUGGGACAAUCAUCUUUGAGGAAUAAACUCUAUAGCUUUGUAGGGAUGAAAAGUCCUUUGAAUUAAGAACAGUGUGAAAACAUGGGAAUUGAGAAAAUCCAGUUCCCCGGAGGAGGGAUCAAACCAAAAAGAAAACCAGUUUCAGGAUCCUAGAAAUUGUACCAGAGCCAAUGCCAGUGUGAGGAAGCUUAAGAGGUAAACUUCAGACAGGAAGCUGCUGUCACUGGGUUGGAAGCUCCAGGAUCUCUGUUUUAGGAUUUUUUUGGGUCUCAUUCAGCAAGGGUGCUAUUCCCCCAAAGUGAUAGUCCCUUCUUUUCAGAGAGGCCCACACAAAGGAUGGCCAACUUCAACUUUUCUGCUGCCCCCAAACUACCUUCAAAGUGACUGUUGUCUCACAUCCUUAGAGAAAGUGAUGCAUCAAAGGGGAGGUGGUGUAGCCCAAUGGUCAGAACCAGAGAAAGUUUAGGGCUGGGUGUUGAGCACUGAGGUGCUUUCCCUUUCUCUGAUAUCAAGACUGCUGUGUGGCUUUUCAUAUGUUUAUUUGUCUUCCUGGACCUCAGUUUCUCCACCUGUUAAAUGAAGGCUAAUUGUUUGCUACCUCAGGUUCUGCUUUCUGGGGACCCCUGUUCUCUUUUCUUCCACCUCCUUAUCACAUACUGAGCAGUGGGGACUUAUAUCCGAGAGCCAAGUAUUCUUCUCAGAGGGUCAUGCUAUAUGGGCCAUGGAGAUGAGUGGUUCUUUUGGGGGGAGAUGCCAAUACAUGUCAUCAAGCGGGACUCCCAGUUUUGAGGUGGGCUCCCUCCCUAACUCCAUUCCAGAUUUCUGUAGGGGCUAAUAUGAUGAAGCAUGUAGUUUUUACCUAUGAUAGAAUUUCAGGGUUGAGAGACCAUCUCCACUAAUCUGAACCCAAAGCUUGAAUUCCCUGACUUUUUUAUUAACCUAAACAAAUUUAUAGCCUUGAAAGGAAGGCACUUCAGCUAAAUUUUUGUUGACAAAUCGGAGAGCCCUAUAUCAGGGGAGUAGAAAAUGUACUUAUAUUCCAUGGGUCCCUGGGCCCUAAAGAAACUUGGUUGGCUGGGGUUCAGAAAGAAGAGAGUCAGGAAUAGAGGCUUCUUUAUAAGUACAUAGCAUUCUCCUUUAGAGUAAAGGCUACAUACAUAAGGUCUCUGGUUGCUUAGUGAUAAGCUGGGUAGAGAUGAGAUCUAGAUUCAAACUGGGGUAUUCCUCAAAUGGGAUUAAGGAAGGUGGGGCUCCUAGGAGAAGGAUUUGGAUUCUUCCAACCAUUCAAUCUACUGUUAAAUGCACUCUCACCCUCUAGCUUCUCCUUUGGGCUGAAUUUCAUGAUCCUGAGUGAAGGGUAAAAUUCCUCUGAGAGGAGGAAAAAUGGACAUGGCCAGUGGGUUAUGGAAAGGAAGGGUAACAAGGAGCAGGACAAAAGUUGAGGUGGAGACUCAAAUGACAGAGCAGGGUGAUCCAUACUUAGUGCAUCUCACUAGGAGUUGGGGAUAGUGUGGGUGCUAUGAAAUAGAAUAGGGGACCUGAAUGAGAGAUGCUUCCACUGGGGUGACCAGCCUUCUAGAAGGAGAAUCCUUAUCAUUUGCUUCAUGUGAGUCUUUAAGGAGGGACUUACUUUCUUGUUCCUAACAUAAACUAGGUCCAGAAGUUCUUUUUUCCCCACUAUUUGUUGGUAUUUUUUAUUCCUUCUUUAUUAUAAAAAAAAUAUGACCAAGGUAGCUUACUGAGAAGUUGCCCUUGACUAUGAACAUUCCACUAACCAAACUGCCUUCCAGGAUGGAGCAGAGAUUGAACUUGAGACAGAUUUUUGGAGAUUGGGACAAGAGAACAGGGAGGCGUCUCAGGUCAAGGUGACAAGAGACUCCUUGGGGCUUCUCAAAAAGCCAAGUUUUGUCAUUGGUUUGGGGACAAAUAAGAAUAGAGUUUAGCUUUGCCUGGUCCCCUUUAUCCCUCCUGUGCACUGACUGUAGGAACCUGACCCUAGCACUCACCUUACUGACCUUGUGCUGUGGGACAGGAGGAGGUUGCCAGUGGCCAUCCUGAUUCCCCAAAAUACCAGAACUUGUCUCUGUCACUUAUGGGGGUUUUUUCUUUUUCUUUCUUUUUUUUGUUUCCUUCCCCCUUUUUUCCCCGUGUGUGUGCGUGUGUAUGUGUGUUGGUAAGUUUCGUUUGUUUACGCCCUGCGUACUGCAGAAGGACAUCAGAGCCUAGGUACUGUCUGGGCUAUGUAUACUGUGUAUACCUGGGAGCUGGCUGAGGAGUUGUGAACAGCCGCUUCUAAUAAAGUUGUAAGGAUUUAAAA